CUAAAACAAUCAACCUCCCUCCUGCUUCCCGAACCGACCGCACACUCCGCCUCAGCCCGCGCGCGCGCUACAGACACCCAGGUUCGGCAGCUGACACAGAACCAGCCGGGAGACGCUUUGUUCGCACGCGCGCUCCUCACAACGCACGAAACAGAAAGAGAAGUCCGCAGGAGCAGCCGCGGCGAUUCUAGCUUCCGUCCGACAACCGGAAACAAGCAUGUCCGCUGAGGAGCUCGGCUCGGAGGGGAAGUGGUUCGGGGACGACUACGAGAGGAGCGGCCUGUUCGGCGGUCCGCCGACCCGGUUCGGUGAGGAAUUCAAGCCGAGAGGCGGCGAGGCGGCGGGCGACCUGGAUAAACACUUCCAUCCUUUCCAGGACGACGGGGAAAGGCCUCGCGUUGCUAUGGAAACUGCAUCUACAGAUGAUCCCAUGUCUGGCCUGUUUAGGAAGCCCGUGAAUGACGACGGUGAUGUUUACACGUCCCUGCUGUCCAAUCAGAGCUUCUCAACUGGCCGGGAAGCCUCUUACCUGUCGGACGACCUGAAGCCCUCCAACCACUCCUCUGCCCUGGAUCAUUUCUCAAGUGACACCUACGACUUCAACUCCAAAAGCAAGAUGUCUUCCAGCUUAUUGGAUGACCUGCCAAAACCUCUGCUGGGCUCAGACAAGACAGAAUCCUACAACUACAUGGACAUCAGCCAUGGAGAAGAGCCCCGUGACCAUCACCAGGGGGCUCCACCCAACAUUUUUGACAAAGGCCCAGCUGAUCACGAUUUACUGGGCAGCUACAUGGACAAGAGCCCUGGAAGAGAUGACGAGGAUGAAGAUGACGACGAGGAAGAAAAUCUUGGUCCAGCACUGGGCUCUCACUCUUUCCCCUAUGUGGAGGAUCCAUCUGACGAGGAGCUGACAGAUUACCGCUCCUAUCGGAACCUGGGUGGGACCCCGCAGACAGCCAGCCCGGUGAAGAUCACUCUGACCGAGUCCCAGCUUCCAGGUUAUAAGGCUGAGCUGCAGCAACAUCCUCCUCCAGUCUCCGAGCGGGAAAACGUCCUGAGCGUGGGUCAACAGGGGGUUCCCACAGUGACUCUGUCGGAGCCGGAGGACGACAGCCCCUCUUCCACUCCCAAUACUUCACCAACACGUAAAGGAUUUUCUUCUCAAGACAUGUUCAAGACCGAAGCAGGAAAACCUACAACUCCCCAAAACAACCAAGGCACGAAGCCUGGCAGUAAGGACCACGACGGCAGCAGCGCGGAGUCUGGAGACUCAGAGAUUGAGCUCGUGUCUGAAGAGCCUCCCAAGACCAGUAGCAACCCAUUUGCAGAGCCCCCUAAAAGCAAAGUCACUUUCAGCCAGGCUAACAACCCCUUUGACAAUCCUCCAGUUGCCAAGGGUGGUUUUGGCCUCACCGGCGGGCACGCUCCACCCACGGCCUACAGCAUUCUGAGGGAGGAGAGAGAGGCCGAGCUCGACAGUGAUCUCAUCAUCGAGUCUGCAUCUGAAGAAAGCCCCAAGAGAGAGCAGGGCCUCAAGCAGGGAGUCACCCCUCCCUCCCCUCUGGUUCCCACCACCAGUCCUCCCCGCAGUACCGCUGAAGCAGCCUCAGUCGAACCCCUGAUUGCUGAAAAGGUCAAGAACCCGGUGAAAACAGAGGAGGAUCGUUACAGCAAGCCAAAGCCCCCAACUGCUGCUGUGCCUCCAGAGGUGAGAUCAGAGAAAAAACAGCAGGAGGACAUGCACAAACCCACCACCGAGGGCAAAGGAGACACAGGAAAACCUGCUGUGUCGAUUCUCUUGGAGGGCUUCAGCAAACAAAAAGCGAUUGACCUCCUAUACUGGAGGAACGUGAAACAGUCAGGUGCCGUGUUCAGCAGUGUGCUCCUGCUCCUCUUCUCCCUGACCCAGUUCAGCGUGGUCAGUGUCGGAGCCUACUUAGCCCUGGCAGCCCUCUCUGCAACCAUCAGCUUCAGGAUCUACAAGUCUGUGCUGCAGGCCGUGCAGAAGACCGACGAGGGGCAUCCCUUCAAAGCUUACCUGGAGAUUGAAAUCGCCCUGUCUCAGGACCAGAUCUGUAAAUAUGCUGAUAAAAUCCUGCUGUACACCAACACCUGCAUGAAGGAGCUCCGCCGGCUGUUUCUUGUACAAGAUCUGAUCGACUCUUUGAAGUUUGCAGUUCUGAUGUGGCUGCUGACCUACGUGGGCGCUCUGUUUAAUGGCCUGACACUGCUCAUCCUAGCUGUGGUCUCCAUGUUCACCUUGCCUGUGGUCUACGAGAAGCAUCAGGCACAAAUUGAUCAAUAUGUGGGACUAAUACGAACCCAGGUCAACUCCGUGGUGGGGAAGAUCCAGGCAAAGAUCCCCGGUGCCAAGAGGAAGGAAGAGUGAAUCUGUCCUUGUCACUGCAAAGCUGAUGGUCCAGUCCAGCUAAGAGUCAGGCUCACUGCUGGGGGGGCCUGAUUGCAUCUGUGGGGCGUAGUGCUGUGUCAUCUUGGUGUUCUCUAAAAGCAUCCACUGGAGAAGCCUUCACCCUGUCUAUAGCAGUCCAAACACUAACUCACUGUCACACGUAUGUGCAUAAUCCUGCUUCUAGGUAGACGAGUACACUCAAAUCAAAAUGAAAAAAAGAAAAUGACUUUUUUGUGUUGCUUAUUAUGAAGUGCAUGAAGUCAAGCCUUGGGUAAAUAUUUGAUAUCUUUUGUGCAGUUUUUAAAUCACACUUUUAUUUUUAUUUUUUGCUUUUGCAGUGCUUGCCACAAAUUGUGUGGUUUAGCAUAAAAAGGCUGAAUGUCCACAAACGUACUCUGCUGCCAGUGUUAAAUACUGCUUCACGUUUCUCAGUAACAGGGGCUUCUCUCAUGUCAAUAUAUAUAUAAAUAACAAAAAAAAAAAGAUUUCCUUUUGGUGUUUCCAAGCACAAAAUAACUUAAGAUAUGCGUCUUAAAUGUGGUAACUGUAGGGUUUUUGCUUUUGUAUAACUAUAAGGAACAAUACACAUGCUCACGUUUAGGUACUGUUGUACAACUACUAUGAAGACAAGGAGUAUCUGGUGAUAUUUAGCUUGUUUGAAUAACUGUCCAACUUUGUACUAUGUCAAACUAUACUCUGUAGUUCUUUAGACCCUGGACUCUAACUAUUUGCACUUACGGUAUGUAUUUAACUACAAGAAUAAGAAAAAUAAAUGUUCCUUGAUGUAACAUCUCA